CUUCUCUCUUCAUCCUUAUCAGAAAUUAAUUAAAACCUUCAUUGAAAGAAAAUAUAGAAAAACGUUUUCCUCCUGCUGCUUUCUGCUUCCGUCGUCUCGAAGGUUCGAAGAAAACGAGAACACACGGCUUCGCUUUACUCCCAAAGCUAAUCCAAGCGUUUUCCCUUUUUUAUUGUCUCCAAUCACAAAAUCGAUUUCCAGUGUUCUGAUCGAUGGCGUCGGAUCGGGUCAACUCGGGAUCGAAAGGCUUCGAUUUCGGGUCCGAUGAUAUCCUCUGCUCUUACGACGACUUCACCAACCAGGACGAAUCUAACGGUUCCAACUCCGAUCAUGCGAUCGCUUCCACCAACUCCAAUAAGGAGUUUCACAAGACGAGGAUGGCGAGGUCUUCGGUGUUCCCUACAAGCUCUUACAGUCCACCUGAAGACUCUUUGAGCCAAGAGAUUAAUGCAACUGUUGAGAGGACUAUGAAGAAGUACUCUGACAACAUGAUGCGCUUUCUUGAAGGCAUCAGCUCUCGCUUGUCUCAGCUUGAACUGUAUUGUUACAAUCUUGAUAAGACUAUUGGUGAGAUGAGAUCGGAUUUGAGUCGUGAUAACGAGGAGGCUGAUGUUAAGCUUAGGUCUAUUGAUAAACAUCUCCAAGAGGUGCAUAGGUCGGUGCAGAUUCUUAGAGAUAAACAGGAGCUUGCGGAUACUCAGAAGGAGCUAGCGAGGCUUCAACUUGUGCCGAAAGAUUCAUCUUCCUCGUCACAUGGUGAGGAGCGGGUUGCGACUCCGGUUCCAGAGCCUAAGAAGAGCGAGAAUACCUCAGAUGCACACAACAACCAGCUUGCACUUGCUUUGCCUCACCAAAUAGCUCCGCAGCCACCAGUGCAUCCACAGCAACAGCAGCAGCAGUAUUACAUGCCUCCUACUACACAGCUUCACAACACACCUGCACCAGCUCCUCCUUCUCAACCUCAGGCACCACCAGCGCCGGCUCAGUUCAUGCCCCAACCUCCUGCUCCAUCUCACCCAAGCUCAGCUCAGACUCAGUCAUUCCCACAGUACCAGCAAAACUGGCCUCCGCAGCCACAGGGCAGGCCACAGUCCAGUGGAGCCUACCCAACAUACUCGCUUGCGCCACCAAGCAACCAGUCUCCAGUAGAACCGUUGCCAAGCAGCAUGCAGAUGCAGUCACCAUACGCGGGACCUCCUCAACAAUCCAUGCAAGCUUACGGUUACGGUGCACCACCACCACCACCACAGGCUCCACAGCAGACAAAGAUGUCUUAUAACCCCCAGACAGGCGAUGGGUAUCUACCUUCAGGGCCUCCUCCUCCUGGGUAUGCCAAUACCAUGUAUGAAGGUGGGAGGAUGCAAUAUCCACCACCUCAGCCACAUCACCAGCAGCAAGCCCAUUACAUGCAAGGUCCACAAGGUGGUGGUGGGUACGCUCCUCAGCAGCACCAGGCAGGUGGUGGAAACAGUGGGACACCACCUCCUGUGUUAAGAUCAAAAUACGGUGAACUGAUAGAGAAGCUAGUGAGCAUGGGUUUCAGAGGAGACCACGUGAUGGCGGUGAUUCAGCGGAUGGAGGAGAGUGGUCAAGCUAUAGACUUUAACGCCCUCCUUGACAGACUGAGCGGGCAGUCCUCAGGUGGGCCUCCCAGAGGGUGGUGAAGCCAUUGUGGCUCCUCUACUUGACAAUAAAAAUUGUUAUCAAGGCUUACGUCUCUUACGCUAUAGGCCCUAGUUUUAUUGGGCCCAAUAGACUGGGUCUGUUGUGUAUCUUUUUUUUUUUUUUUUAUGUUUCUGUGUGUAUGAGGGAGUUUCUCUACUUCGUUUGUAUUGGAUCGUCGACUUCUUUUAUAUGGACCCUUCUGUAUAGAUAGAUUCAUGGAUGACAAGCUUCUUAAUUUUAGCAUGUACGAAACUGUUACGUUUUGGUAUUCUUACCAAAAUAUUUGUCUAUUUUUAUUUUUUUGGCAAUCUUGGUCUACUUUUAUUUGUUA